UAUAUAUGCAAUAUAUAUAUAUGUAGGCAAAUUUACAGGCACCUUCAGUAUCUAUAUAUCAGAGCAAUUUCUUGUUUAGUAUUUUUCCUUUAACACAAUAUCUUUCACAUGGCUUCCUUUGUUUCGACAUCAGUACCUCCUUCAGCCACACUUAUGUGCAGUUCUACUAAAACCCACUGCCACAUUAGGCAAAUCAAAAAUUUUGGUUCAAAGGUAAGUGGGCUUAGACUUGUGCCAAGCAUUCAAAUUUCCAGAGGAACAACAAAAACACCAGAAUUUUCCCAUGGCUUCAAGAAUCAGAUCUCAUGCUCAAUUGCUCAACCUGAAACUUUGGAAGUUGUCCAAAGCACAAUUGCCAAGCAGCUAUCUAUUGAUGAGAGCACAGUGACACCUCAGACUAAGUUUGCUGAUUUGGGUGCUGAUUCCCUUGACACUGUGGAAAUAAUGAUGGCUUUAGAAGAGAAGUUUGGAGUAUCAAUUGGAGAAGAGGGAGCUCAGAACAUUGCCACUGUCCAAGAUGCUGCUGAUAUGAUCGAGAAAGUGAAGACAGCUGAAAAUUGAUGUGUCAGUCUGAAAUUUGUCCAAUUUGAUACAAGACACACUUGGCCAAAAGUCAUUUCCUAGUUGUAAUUUUUUUGUGUUGCUUCCAUGACCAAUCCUUAAAGUGGGAGUUUAUUCUGUUCAUCUUUUUAAGAUUUGCUUCUUCACUUAUCAAUAACAAGCAAAUAAGUAAUUGUAAAAACUUGACCUGCUGACCACUUAACUUUUCUGGCGAUAAGAACUUACGUAAGUAAUUGACGUUGUGUAAGACCAUAAUGAAAACGCCAAAAUGUGUUCCCUUUGACUCUUUUCCUAAUAUCUUCAGUUAUAGAUAUGUGAAGAAACCAGUUCUUGAUCUAAUUGAGUGUCUUUUUUCGUUUUGAUGGGUUGGGUGUAGCAUGUUAAUUGUAAGAGAGGGGAUUCCUUUUGUUUUUUUUUUUGUUUUUUUUUGUCUUUUUGUCUUUUUUUUUUUUUUUUUUUGUCGAGAGGGUGGUGGUUGGGUCAGGGGCAGAUUUCAUCAUAACUUAGCAAGUUUUAAGCUAGCUGUGGCCUACUGCAACUCUUAUACUUUAUUCGAGUUUGAGACUGACUAUAUAAGCAAGCUCAAUUUAUUUGACAAUGAGGCGUAAUUGGGGAU